UUGACCUCAAUCUUCUUCAUCUCUCUCUCUCUCUCUGUGAAGUGUACGGAGAGAAGAAAAAUGCUGGGGAGCAAAAUGGUGCCCUUCAAGAAGCUAGCAAAGAAGGUGAAGGUUAAGGGAGGAGUUAAUCAUCAUCAAAAUCAGGAGCCAUCAUCACAUCACGAAUGUUUGCUCAAAGAAUUUGGGGAAGAAGCUCAUGAUCAUGCUUCUCUUUCUUCCACAACCCCAGUUGGGUUCUUCGCUCUGUAUGUAGGAGAGGAGCGCCAACGCUUCGUGGUUCCCACCAGCUUUCUCUCCCACCCACUCAUCAAGAUGUUGCUCGACAAGUCGUACAACGAGUUCGGGUUCGAGCAAACCUCCGGUCUGGUUGUUCCCUGCAGCGUCUCCACUUUCCAAGAGGUUUUAAACGCCGUAGAAUGCAGCAACGGCAAGUUUGACUUCGGAAAACUCGUCGAGGAGUUUGUUUAAACAGAAACACUAUUUAGUAAAUUGGUAUAUGAUUUUCGUACAAUUGGGUGGCGUGAAUCAGUGAUUUCUACUGCCACGUAUUUCUAGUUGGACGGACUCGUGUACCAAUUUACUAAAUAUGAUACAUUAAUAGGUAGAAGCUGUUUUA